CGCGGUCGUGGCUGUCUACAUUAGGUGUUUCUUCAAGAGGAUUUGGUGAGGAGAGCAGUUGAUUUUAAUCACUACAACCAAUAUAAAUUCCAUGACCAACCAAUGACUGUGCAUUGCUAAAGAAUUGUUCAAAUCAUCUAUGGCAUUCUCAAGAGUUGCUUUCGGUUUCCUAGUGACAGGUUUCCUCUCAGCCACACUCUCCCUAGCAAACCCUGGCUGGGGUUUUGGCUGGGGCGGUGGGGUCCCGGGCGGCCAAUUUGGUGCACCCUCAUACGGCCUUUUCCCACAGUUCUAUCAGUUUUCAUGCCCUCAAGCUGAUGAUAUUGUCAUGUCGGUGCUGGAGAAGGCCAUUGCAGGAGAACCUAGGAUGGCUGCCUCCUUGCUAAGGCUUCAUUUCCACGACUGUUUGUGGCAGGGCUGCGAUGCGUCAGUAUUGCUGGACGACAGUGCGACUAUAGUUAGUGAAAAGAAUUCAUUACCAAACAAGAACUCCAUUAGAGGAUUCGAAGUGAUUGAUGAGAUGAAGGCAAAGCUAGAAGAAGCAUGUCCUCAAACUGUUUCCUGCGCUGACAUUCUUGCCAUGGCUGCUCGUGGCUCCACUGUAUUGAGCGGUGGACCAUCCUGGGAGCUCCCACUUGGAAGGAGGGACUCCAAGACGGCUAGUCUCAGCACCUCAAACAACAACAUCCCACCACCAAAUUCCACUCUUCAGAACCUGAUUACGCUUUUCCAGCGUCAAGGUCUCGAUGAAGUAGACCUCGUGGCGCUCUCAGGAGGACAUACCAUCGGGGUGGCAAGGUGUGUGACUUUCAAGCAGAGGCUGUACAACCAAAACGGAAACAACCUGCCAGACGAGACACUAGAAAAAACCUACUACUAUGGCUUGAAAUCUGUCUGUCCCAAGUCUGGCGGUGACAACAUUAUUUCACCUUUGGAUUUCGUCCCUGUAAAAUUUGACAACCUCUACUUCAAGCUCAUCCUGUGGGGCAAAGGACUGCUGAAUUCGGAUGAAGUUCUUUUGACAGGGAAUGGUGGAAACACCAUGGAAUUUGUUAAGGCUUAUGCAGAGGAUGAGAAUCUCUUCUUUGAACAAUUUGCCAAGUCAAUGAUUAAGAUGGGGAACAUUAAUCCUCUAACUGGAUUUAAUGGUGACGUUAGGAAGAAUUGUCGCCUUGUUAAUUAGGAAAGUUGAAUUAUGGUAUCUGAUUAUUCAUGUUUGAGAAUGAGUUAACUAUGCUCUUUUUCAUUUCUA